GUUAUACGUCCAUGCUUGCAGAUUUCAGUGAGCCACUACUAUAUUUUAGUAGCAAAACCCGAAAAAUUGGAAUUAGCAGAUGUCUACACACAAGCACAGUAAUGGAAGGUGUUCAGUUGUCUGUCCAUCCACACAAUGUAAUGGUGGACGAACGAGUGUCUGUCAGAGUAUCGGGGCUAGCAUCCAAUCAGAAAGUGACUAUACAUUCCUGGAUCAAGGGUAAAAAAGGAGAAAUUUUUGCCAGCUGUGGGUGUUACCAAGCAGAAAAUGAUGGCACUGUGGAUCUAGAAAGUACCCCCGCUUCAUCAGGCACUUAUACAGGAACAAAUGGUAUGGGAUUCAUUUGGAGUAUGCGUCCAAAUCCAGGUCAGAAGUCUCCAAGGCUAAGACUGUUACAAAUGGAUGUCACCAAGCCUCAGUUAGUUAACAUUUCUGUUCACAGUGGUCAUCUUUCUCUGACAGACUUAUGUCAAAGCAGUUCAAAUCAACCAUUAGUGACUGAAGUGCUGACUCGUUGGUACAAGUCUCCUAAUGUCAAUAGAGAACCUGUGAUGUCGGGAAGACUUAGGGGAACAUUGCUCAUACCCAAUGGUGCUGGGCCCUAUCCUGGAAUAAUAGAUAUUUAUGGUGCUGGAGGUGGCAUUAUGGAGCACCGUGCAGCCUUGCUGGCGUCACAAGGCUAUGCUGUUUUAGCACUUCCAUUCUUUGGAUAUCAAGAUCUUCAAAAAAACUUAAAUGACCUUGAUCUCAACUACUUCAAGGAGGCCGUUACAUUUCUGGACACUCAUACCCAUGUACAAUCUGGUGGUAUUGGUAUCAUGGCUACCUCUAAAGGAGCCGAGCUAGGUCAGUUCCUGGCCAUCCACAGUCCCCUGGUUAAAGCUAUUGCCAGCAUUAAUGGAAUGCCCUACUUGUCAUUCUCCCCAGUCCAUGAUGGACACAUAACUUAUCCACAUGCCAUAGAGUUAGAUCUGUCUCUGUAUGAACAAACAGAGGAAGGUAUUGUUGCCAAACCUGGCCACUGUUUCGACACUUCCAAGUUUUUCAAGCUUUGGGAGUCUGACGUCAAAGUCUUAAGUAUCAGUGGUACUGAUGACAUGAAUGUCCAUCCAGACCUGCAGCAGCUACAGGUGAAAUGCUUCCCUCCAAAUAAACGAGACAAUAUAGAACUGGUGGUGUACCAGGGAGCCGGGCACCUGAUAGAACCACCUUAUUCCCCACUCUGUCGGGCCUCGUUUAAUAGAUUGCUGCAGACCUGUAUGGUAUGGGGAGGUAAACCUGCAGACCAUGCUUACGCACAGGAAGACUCCUGGAGACGAAUUCUCGAUUUCUUUCAUAAACAUCUAUGUGACAAGCAGAUUAAGAGAAAAGAAAUUAAAAGCCUGCUAUAAUUUUGUGGAAGGGGAGCCAUUAAGUUGUUUGAUCCCUUCAUCUAAAGAACUGGAGAUGGAAGGUGUUUCAUGCUUUCAUCAUAUGUGUUGAACUUUUUCAAUGUUGAUUUGGAAAUUAAAUGAAGAGUAUUUAUUGGGAAGAUAUUUGUACUUAUGUAGUAUUUCAAUUGAUGUCACACAGUCUCAAAAGAUGAAUAAAAUAAUCAGUAAUUUUCCAACAGAAAUUGAAUAUAUUGGGUCAUUUUGUAUUCAAUUGUCUCAUGUUUAUCAAAACAAAUAUUGGGUCAUUUUGUAUUCAAUUGUCUCAUGUUUAUCAAAACAA